AGAAAAAAAAACAAGACCGGAAUUCACUUUCUCUAAAUAUGCUUUUCUGUUUGUAUUCUCUCUUGGAAUUGCUGUCGCCAUGGGGAUGAUGAUGUAUAUGAAGAAGAGCAAUCCGCCACACAUUGUUUUUAUUCUCGCAGAUGACUUAGGUUGGAAUGAUAUUGGCUGGAACAACCCAAUAAUAAAAACACCAGUACUUGACUCAUUGGCCAGAGAGGGGGUGAUUUUUAACCAGACGUACUCUCAGCCAGUGUGUACCCCAACCAGAGCCGCUCUUAUGACAGGUUAUUAUCCAUUCCAUAUUGGCAUGCAGCAAAAAAUAAUCACGUUUUCACAAGGAAGCGGUCUGCCAUUGAAGUUAAAAUUAUUACCGCAAAAAUUGAAAGAAGUUGGAUACAUCACUCAUCUUGUUGGAAAGUGGCAUCUUGGUUAUUGUAAUUGGGCUUACACUCCGCUACAAAGAGGUUUUGAUUCUGCGUACGGUAACCUUGGUGGGCUCCUUUCCCAUGUUACUAAAAUGGGCAGGGGCAUGGUUGGAGGUGAUGCUAGUUGGUAUGGUUACGACUUCCGUGACAACACUGGGGUGGUACAAGACGACGGCACAUAUUCAACCAUUCUUCUGGCUAGUCGUGCAGUGGACAUCAUAUCAAAACAUUAUCCGGCAUAUCCACUAUUUCUCUAUUUUUCGAUUGAUCAACCAGCCAAAGGAUAUGAUGUGCCAUCAGAAUACACAGCUCUGUAUGAAAAUAUAGAAAAUGAACAAGUCAGGAAUUAUUAUGCGAAGAUAUCGUUGAUGGAUGACGCUAUUGGUAACGUGACCCAGGCCUUGAAGUCACGUGGUAUGUGGGACAAGACUUUGUUGGUUUUCAUCAGCGACAAUGGUGCAUUUUAUUUCACUCAAGGGACGAAUUUACCUCUUCGUGGAGCCGCAAGUACUCUGUACGAAGGUGGUACAAGAGUUCCAGCCAUGGCACACGGCACAAUGCUGACAAAGACAGGGAUAUGUGAACAACCAAUUGAAUCAUAUCACUGACUGGCACACUUCAUUAUUGAGAAUAUCAGGUAUAGAACCAGAACCAGAUUUAGAUGGUAUGGAUAUCUUGGAUACUAUCCUGAAUGGAAACCCAUCUCCACGCACUGAAUUCAUCUACAAUAUUGAUGAGUGUCAAACCAGUCCUGGUGCAGCAAUUAGAAUUGAAGACUGGAAACUAAUAACUGGUAAUCCAGAUAUGACGUAUCCAGCAUUCAAUAGCAACGAUACAGGUGAUUGGCUCCAACCCGGGAGAAGCAAAAUUAAUUUGGGAGAUGGAAGCACUCCACCACUGAAUAUUACAUAUCUGUUCAACUUGAAAGACGAUCCAACUGAACAUCACAACUUGGCGGACAUCUUUCCAGAAAAAGUGUUGGAGCUACAAAAUCGUCUUGAUGAAUACCGACAAGAAGUAGUUGCACCAAUUGACAUGACAAUGAUUCCAGAUGGUCACCCUGACAACCAUGGUGGCGUGUUUACACCGGGAUGGUGUUGAAAUGACAAAUUACACACACCAAACAAUCAAAAAACAAAUGACGAUAUGUAUUGUUGUCAAUUUGUUGUAAUAUUUGUAUGCCAUUGUUGUCAUAUUUGUAUACCAUUGUUGUAUACAAAACAAUAAAUUUAAAUAUUCAU